AUGUCGACAGCGUCCUCAUAUAUGCAUGCUGCCGUUGCCCACAACAGGGUAGCCGGCACACUCUCCCUCCACUCUGAUCAGACCGUUCAUUGGGUGCCAUCCUCCGCCUCGUCAAGUGUCAGCGCAUUCCAAAUCAAGUUCGCAGACAUUGCUGGACUUCAAACGUCCAAAGCCGGCGCGGCUCAGAUCGCGCUCAUGCUCGUAUUGGCCAAUGGCGUGCAAGUCUUGUCCAAGCCCAAGGUGCUUCUGGUGUUCAACGCAGCCCAGCAGACGGCGCUGGAGGAUCGCGAAAAGUUCAAGACUGAGCUAGCUGCGGCGGUAGGCAGGAACAGAGCGAAUGCAGAUGGCGGCUCUGCAGCACCAUCUGCUCCCGCUAGUCCUGCGUCCGUGCCCUCUUCACCUUCUGCUGCAACACGCGCUGCAACGCCAGAUACCAGAGCUGUCACACCCACGCUCACUAGACCCACCUCCUCGACCGACUCUCCCGCACCUUCCUCACAGCGUUCAAGGGCGAAAGACGUCCCCGCACCCAAGACCGACAUCGAGCUGCGCAUCAGCGUCAUCAAGUCCAACCCGCAACUCAGAGCACUCCACAAAGAUAUCGUCAUCUCGGGUCAAAUGUCUGAUGCUGAGUUCUGGUCGCAUCCGCAGCGUCAGCGUCUCAUCCGUGCAGAACGGGCCAAACUCGAGCAGCGUGCUGGUCGCAAUGCGCGGCUUGCCGAUCCCAAACCCACACCCAAUGAAGCCGGGGAGCUCAAGCUUAGUAUUACACCGGAACUUAUCCGCGACCUGUUCGAGCAGUUCCCCGUCGUAGCCAGGGCAUACGAGGAGAAUGUUCCCUCCAAGCUUGACGAGGGCUCCUUCUGGACACGAUACUUCCAGUCGAAACUUUACCACCGCUUGAGAACAAGUGCGCGUUCCGCCGCGUCGGAACACAUUGUGCAGGACGAUCCCAUUUUCGACCCGUACUUGACCGAGGAGGACAAUCAGCUCGAACCGCGGCGCAUAUUUAACCCGCACGAUCGGCUUCUCGAUCUGCAAGCGACCGAAGAGGACCACGGGGAGACGGGCAAUGAGAAAGACUGGACCAUGCGUGCUGGUGCCGAGCGACGCACGUUGCCGCUCAUGCGACGGUUCAACGAUCAUUCGCAGUCGUUGCUGGAUUCGGCGCUAGGCGAUCAGGAGGAGCAGGAUCGGCGGAAGCGCAGACGCAUCGUGGGUGGUGUAGGGGAAGAGUAUCCCGUUAGCUCGACCGUGCCUGCUUCGGUGGAGCAGGGCGAGUCUGGUAAUCCGCCCAAGCUCGGCGGGUCGGCGGAGGACGAUGCAAUGGAUGAUACCAACGACUCGGUCGACUGGAUCAAGAAUCAUUACUACAAGGAAAUCGUCAUUGACGAUCUCAAUGAAACCGCGAAAAGCGACAAGGUCAGGUUGAACAUGGCCAACUUGGAGGGGUACUUUUCGGGCUCUCAAGCCGAGGGGUCGACCAACGGCACAGCGGCGAAGCAGGUGCUUUCUACCUCGGCGUCGUCAUCGUUUGAAGUUGUGCCGACAUCCAUGUCCGACUACCUGUCGUACGUUGAGCGGUUCAACGAGCAGGUGCAGGAUGCUGUUAUCGUUCUGGGCAGUUUCAAACCUAACCCUACGGGGACGGAACGCUCCAUGUCACGGAUGCUGUCCAAUCUGCGCUCGCGAUCGCUCAACCCGCGCUCGGCAGCCGACUUGAAAACGCUCCCCGAUCACAUCCAGAAAUCGCUCAUCUCACUGCAGGCGUCGAUGACAGAGUUCCUGAGGCAAUUUUGGAACGCGAUCGCUCCCGCUGCCGAUGAGCUGGAUGAACCUGGUCUGUGGGCCGCCAGAUCGUCUACUUCAGCAGCAACGGAGGAAGAGAGGCGCAAGAGGGUAGAGCGCGAACGGGAGGCGGAGGAGAAUCGGCUGGUGGCCGCGCGCAAGAUGGCCAUGAACCUGAACAAGUUUGCCGCGAGACUCGAGACCUUGUUCGCUGAGGCGACGACAGGGUUAGAUGAAGUGUUGGAGGAAAAGGUGGUGUCGUUGUUGGGCCCCACGCAGAGGGCUGUGGAUAAGGCAUUGCUCAUUGCACGCACCAAGGGGUUGAUUGGCGCUUAG